AUGUUUGUGGUGCCGCUCUCUGUUGUUUCCCAGGCGCAGCGGUCACGGCGGGAGUGGACGUGGGCUGAAGCGCGGGCUUGGCGUGAGUGGCGGGCGGCGCAGGAGGAGGAGGUGCGGCAGAGACGAGCACACCUCACCACACUCGUCCUGCAGCUGGAGAGAAUCACGCCCACUAUCACUAGCCUGCUGCAGGAGUUUGACGGGCAGGUGAUGGCGCUGGUGGACUCUCGCGUGGCUACCGACGAGGCCCUUAUGCUGUAUCAGGUGGUGGCGUCCAGUCUGUACCGCCGCCUCGCCCGUCAAGACCACCUGCAGGAUACUCUUAAGGGUCUCCAGCAGCAACAGGCACAGGUGGAGGAGAAGGUGCAGCAGGCAACGACGGAGGAGUUCAACACGCGGCGGGAGGAGGGGAGAGCAAGGACCCGCCAGGAACGCCUACAGGAGCAACUGAAGGAGGAGGAGCUGGUGUUACGACGAGCUCUCAUCAACCUCCCCAUAGACCAGUACAAUCACCUGUUGGCCUUGUACAGCAAGAGAGUGCAGGGCGGGGGGCGGCACCUGGACCCCUCAUCAGGUAAGGGGGAAGGAGGCGGUACGUCCGGCCCUCCCACGCCCCUCCGCCUCCCCAGCUACGCCUCCCUCAGCAGCCCCUCCAGGAAUAGAACAGUCUCCCCCGCCACGCCUGAGAAGUUGAGCGCCACUGGUCGUACUUCAGCUCGUCCCUCCCGGCCCCCCAGCAGUACUUCUCACAGUGACGACCUCAGGUCUGUGGAGGAGUCCAUGCCUGAGGGGCUGGCAGGAGGCAUCAGGACCUGGCGACUCUUCCUGCGCCAUCGUCGUCGCCGUCAGGAGUUGCUGGAGGAGCAGGAUGACGCCGCCGGCAAGAGGGCCUCCGCCACCGCCCACCUUCAGGCCAUGGACACUCACAAGACGCAGCUACUGAAGGAGGCGAAGCAGCUGGAGGCGGCCAUCGAGCACACCACGAAGGAGCUGCGACAGGUGGACGAGGACGCGGAGAUGGUGCUGGUACUGCGGGGACGCCAGGUGAAGGUAGACCUGCUAGCCAUGACACAAAACCUCAGGCCGGACUUCACCAACUCCUGCCUGGUGAGAAACGAAGAACUGAGGCGCCUGGAGAACAUGGCUGAGCGGUGUGUAGAGAGUGCGGGGAAGGAAGGCACGGAGGGCGAAGGGGAAGAAGCGGAGAAAUUAAGGACACUGCGAGAACAACUACAGCUGGAGGUGGAGCUGGCAAGACAAGACCUUCAUCACAUCAACACUUUUAAGGUGGGGCGGGACGUGAUCACAGCGGCGGUAGCAGAGGGGGGCGAGCAGAAGGACCCUUCACACCUUUACGCCUCCCUGCAGCGCCUCCAGCAGCUACAGGGACAGAGGGCAGAGAGUGCCGCUGCAGCCUCUAGCAAGGUGGAGCGAGGGGUGCGGCGCUCCCGGCGAAGAGUAAAUCACUUGCAGAAACAGGUGGACGAACUGGCGCGAGAAAUUGACGACCUUCAGGCUCAAGUGACGCAAGCCCAGCCCGAGGUGCAUCUGGCCGAGCAGGAAACCAGGUUGCGUCGAGUGAUGGCCUGUAAUGACCUAUCAGCGCAGGUCAGGCAGCGUCACUCCACUAUCCUUGACCUUCAGGCUGAGUUGGACACGUUAAGACUGCGCACCUUCCCUAUGCUUUCCCGCCCCACGCCUCAACCCACCCUGUAACCCUGUAACCUUCUCCGCUAUCAGCCGCCUCACGCCUCACCUGGACUCGACACUUGCCUGAUACUGGAAACUCAUUAACCUGGACAGCUGCAAGCAACACCUGCUCAUCUUUUAAGGCUGCUUUCGUCUUGGUGUUGGAAUUCUUUACGAGGAGUCAACGCUUUCAUUAACCCUGAAUGUAUCCACGCAUAAACUUUUAAAAGAACAA